AUGUCGUCAUCAGUGAAUACCGAAGUGAAAGCUUCUUCAAUGGAUGAAGAAAAGCAAAUAUAUGAUGAUAAACACACCCCAGACAACACUUCAUCAGAGUUGGAGCAUGCUAUUGAAGAGGAGAAAUCCAUUGGUGUUUUGAAAGCGGAGUUAUUGGCCGCACAAUGGAAACAUACUUUCUGGUAUAAAUUGGUAUUGUUGAUUUCGGCGUUUUUGGUUGGUUAUGCUUAUGGUCUUGAUUCACAAAUCAGAUAUGUGUUUACUGGGUAUGCAACUGCAUCUUGGUCCGAACAUUCAUUGUUGACUACUGUCAAUGCCAUCACUGCCUUGACUGCUGCUGCUUCACAACCAGUGUAUGCCAGAUUAUCAGAUGUAUUUGGAAGAUUGGAAUUGUUUAUUGUUGCUGUCUUGUUUUAUGUUGUUGGUACCAUCAUUGAAUGCCAAUCUCCAACCAUUAAUGCGUAUGUCGCUGGUGCCGUUCUUUACCAAAUUGGUUACAGUGGUGUUUUGAUUGUUUUAUUAUUCAUCUUGUCCGAUUUCUCCACUUUGAGAUGGAGAUUAUUCUUUUCAAUCUGUCCAGCACUUCCCUUUAUUAUCAACACAUGGAUCUCGGGUAACGUUACUAGUGCAGUUGGUAUGAAUUGGAAAUGGGGUAUUGGAAUGUGGGCAUUUAUUUUCCCAUUGGCCUGUAUUCCAUUUGUAUGUUGUAUGAUUCACAUGAGAUGGUUAGCUGGCAGAACUCCUGAAUGGGUUGAAUUCAAAAAGAAGGAGACUCUUUACCAAAAGUUUGGAUUCUGGGGAUUUAUGAAGUACUUGUUUUGGAAAUUGGACUGUAUUGGUUUACUUUUGAUGGUUGUUUCCUUAGGUUGUUUAUUAGUUCCAUUAACUUUAGCUGGUGGUGUUAGUGAAAAAUGGAAACAAGGAAACAUCAUUGCCCCCAUUGUUGUUGGAUGUGUCUUGAUUCCGGUUUUCUGCAUUUGGGAACUUUUUGCCAAGGACCCGAUUAUUCCAGUUACCUUGAUGAAGGAUCGUGGUAUCUGGUCAGCUGGUUUGAUUUCUUUAUUGUUUGAUUUCGUAUUCGCCGUUGAAGCAAGUUUCUUGUACCCUGUUUUGGUUGUUGGUGUUAAUGAAUCUCAAAAAUCAGCAACUAGAAUCACCACCCUUACUUCUUUUGCAUCAACACUUUGUUGUAUGCUUUUCGGAUUGGUUGUUGUUUACAUUAGGCGUUUGAAACCAUUUGUCAUUUUCGGUUGUUCCUUAUGGAUGGUUGCUUUCGGUAUCAUGUACCAUUUCAGAUCAUCAUUAAGUGCACAUAGUGGUAUCAUUGGUGGUCAAAUUGUCAUGGGUAUCGGUACAGGGUUCUUUUCAUACCCAAUUACUGUCUCAGCCCAAAGUUGUGUUAAUCACGAACAUAUGGCAGUCAUUACAUCUGCAAUCUAUACUCUUUACAGAAUUGGUUACGCCGUUGGCUCUUCAGUUGCCGGUGCCAUUUGGUCACAAACUUUAUUCAAGAAAUUAAACAAAUACCUCGACACCGCUACAGCUACCAGUGUCUACACCAGUCCAUACGUAUUUGCAGAUACAUACCCCUGGGGUACACCACAGAGAGAAGGUGCCACAAAAGCAUAUGGUGAAAUUCAAAGGUUAUUGAUGAUUGUUUGUUUGUGUUUUGUUGCCCCAAUGAUUGCUGCAUCAUUCUUUUUGAGGGAUAAGAAGCUAGGUAGAGAACAAAGUAUAGAAAAUGUCGAGGAGCAAGAUGAACAAGACUCCUUGUUGAGCUUCAUCAAAAGUCUUGGUGGAAAAAGAGGUAGGACUGAAAAGGCUUAA